AUGCCCAUGAAACAAAUAUUGAUACCCGCCUCCGCCCCCACCUCUCCGGCUGCAACUCGCUCGAAGACAGAUCGCCAUCCUCCCGUCACCCCUCAACGAGUCUCUCAAUCAGUCCGUGCCGUCUCAUCCAGCUCUCCUUACACUCCCGCCACAACAUUGUCGACACCAUAUACCCCUUUCAGCCUUCGGUCUCUGUCUUCCUCAUCCAAUGGGUCCAAUCUAGCAACCCCUGCAUCGGCAAUAUGCCGCCGGCGCCUCAGUCUCUCCUUGUCUCCUGAAGUCAACACGAAUUCCAAGAGUCUCGCAGACAUUGCUGAAAACUGGAGGACACGAGCGAACGAAAACGGUAUUAAAGUUGCCUCUGGGGAUGAUUCGCAAUAUCAAGCUGACGAAUCCAGUCUCGACAUCAGCAUUCCUGCCAUUGAUAAAGGUCGAUCUACCUCCGCAGUGGUCGAAUAUGAUCUUACAACUUUCACUUCUAUUAUAGCCCUCCUGCCCGCGCCCUUCUUUGCCACCCAACGUCGCGCUCGCUCAUUUACGCACGUUCAAGCUCCAUUAACGCAGAUCCCGGACCCCACACAGUUGUGUACACCCAGCAGGUCACUUCGUCUUCCAAGUUCGCUCGAGACUCCUCCACCGCAGCCGGCCUUCAUGUUGCGAGGCAGUGUAACAGACCCUGCUCAUACUCGACGAAGACCUCCUUUCGAGCAGGCCACUGAGCUCUUUGACAUCGAUGAGGACGAAUAUACUCCUUAUCCCCCAGCGUUCAGCUCUCCGCUGCCAUCCCAGUCUCUCCCACUUAGCCUCAACGAUCCCUUUAAUCUCAGUGGGGACAUUUCCAGCAUGUCUGAGCCGGUUCUAUAUUACGAGACGCCCGCGUUCUGCAGCUCGCCGAAGUCGAAACGGAGGGUAGAGGACGCUGUGUUUGUCUGCUCUGUUUGUAGUGCAGGUGGUGGGCCGCUCGCCAUCCUGGAGCCUUGCGAGCAUCCGCUUUGCUCAGCAUGCUUGACAAGUGCACUGAACAUUGUUGGGGAGAAGGACAUGGAGUGCGCAGUCUGCAAAGCCAAGGUCGAUAACUUCCAGCUGCGCAAACCACCCCAAGGUAGUUUCGGGAACGGACUCCAUCAAACAGCACCCCAUACCAGCGCCGGCGGGCGUUCACACGGCGACUUGCGUGUUCUGGAUGACGAUGGCGGGCUCCUUCCAAGUGCAUUCGAUGGUGGGGCUUUGAGAGGCGCCGGAUCAGGCGAGGAACUCGAGGACUUCAUGGAUCGUGCUCAAGGGGCAUCUACACCUGUGGCUGCCGCUCGAGGGACAUUCGACGAUGAGGAAGGACACCUCGAACGCCCUGUGUUACGGAUUGACAAUGUUCCCUGGGACAUCACACCUCCUCUUAUCGCUCAGUGGCUUGGCUAUCCAAUUGAACGUGUACAUGUUCUGCUUGACCGGAAGGGCAAAACCCUAAGCCACGCCUAUGUCGAGAUGUGCGGGACGGCAGCUGCCAAGCUUGCGCUGAGGAGUGCACAGAACUCCGUUCUUGGACGUGGAAAACGUGCGCGAGGUGUGACUGUCACCAAGAGUAGCCAGGAGGAACUUAUGCGGGCGUUGUUCCCAUCUUGGCAGGGCAAUUUCGACAAUUCGCGCCCUUCGCUCUCCGGGUUGGACAAUGAACGCGUCAUUUCAACCCUCCAGCGUGGCUUGAUCUCUGAAGCCGAGCUCAAUUCUCUAUUGCACCUGAUACGUUCUCCUGAUAGCCACUUCCUGAAAGUUCCUUCACUUCCAUUCCAUUCUCUCAUCAGCCUUCUAUCCAAAUUCCCGGCCGACGAUGACAGUCGAGUAUUUUGGUCGGGUACAUUGCGAGAUUCGCUUUACGAUAUUACGUACACUGCUGUCAACAUCCUCUUAGAACGCAUUGAGGAAAAUCCCUUUUCCGAAUGGGCUCCAUUGAUUAGUGAUGUUGUUCGUGCUGCGUUGGAGUGUCAAGCAUUCACCUCUGAGCAGAUGAGCAAGCUCUCCGACAUCCUUGAGGCAGCUCUGCACAAAGUCAGUGGUGCCCCCAAGCGUUUUAGCUCCCCUUCGCUUCGUCCUGCCGAAGAGGAGCUCCAGUCCCAGCCCCAGCCCCAUCCUGAGCCUCAGAACGAGGCCAAGGGACACUCUGCGCCGGGAAGCCGGGCGUACGGCGACUUGGCAAUAGAAUUCGGGGUAGAGCCUCACCUGAUCGAGGCCUUGGCACGACGGCUCUCCGAUCUGCGUGAGGUGGGAAAGUCCGACAGUGUAUUCAGCGUAUGACGCCAUCUCUAGACCUGCAGCUCGUGGACUGCCGACACGGCCUCUCUUUCUUUCAUUCACGACUUCUUACGCAUAACCACAUUCGCCAUGACUCAGACUCGCUCGCUGUCGCAUCUUUUACCGGCUUUGUCUGUUGCUGUUAUGUUGAUCGUAUCGCUCUAGACGGCCUCCGCUCGCUCUGUCCUCGCUCUGCACCUGUUUUCGGCUAUGGCCACGGUUUUCGGGGUUUGCCUGCAUUCGUAUGUAUUCCAUAUGGCUGUCGAAUAAGUACUGUAUGUUUGGAACGGCGACCACAAUCCAUCAUUGUCUUGUGUUGCCACUGA